GGCCGACAGGUAAUUAUCGCGGGACGGAUCAAAGGGAUAGGUGCACCUAGGUGUGCCGGGGUGUCUCCCGGACAGUCAGUGGCUUCCGUGCUGUGAUACUGUACAGUACGCGCUUCUGUCACGCCUUGUUCGGAACAACACGCUACCUUGGCUUGGCUUCGGACCCAGAGUUGUGCUUGAAGCGUGGAUCGUAGCUUGGCGUCGUGCGUCGUUUUUUGCGUGUGAAUCCGGUACCAUUAUUGGAGUACGCCUUUGCAACAUUAUACAGGGCGCGGCCAGGAGCGGACACCUCUUCAACCUGUGGUCUCUGUACUGAGUGGGAAUCGAACCAGUGACCCCCAGCAUCUCUGCUGCAACGUGUUCUGUAUCUAUCUGGAUUGUUUCUGAUAACUGAGGAUUCCAGCCAUGGGUUUGAGUUUUACACCAGUUCUGUGGAUGGUUCUACUGUUGAUGUUCUUCGACGGACGGAGCAGCGCGAUCAAAUGGCUAUCUAUCGCUGACGUUGGGAAGAACCUGUCGUGGAACAAGACGAGCUCGUGCCGGAAGGUGAGCGGUUUCGUGCCGGAGCAGACGCAGUUGUGCCGCCGGACGCUUGAGGUGAUGCCCGCGGUGGAGUACGCCGCCGAGGCCGCCCGGAAAACCUGCCAGGAACAGUUCGGCAACCGGCGGUGGAACUGUUCGUCCAUCAAGAAGGCACCGCAUUUCAUGAACGAUUUGGAAAAAGGCACGAAGGAGUCGGCUUACGUCCACGCCCUGUCCUCAGCAGCCGUGGUGCACACCGUGGCACGAGCAUGCGCGGCAGGGUACCUGACGGCCUGCACAUGCGCGAGAAACCCCGGCGAGAAGCCUGACGGGAACUACACGUGGGGCGGGUGCGGGGACAACCUGAAGUUCGGGCUGGAGUUCGGCAGGCGGUUCGCUGAGGCGCCCAUGAGGAAGAGGAAACGGUCCCACACACAGACUCUCAUGAACCUGCACAACAGCGAGGCUGGGAGACUGGCCGUCCAGAACACGAUGACGACGAAGUGUAAGUGUCAUGGCGUCUCCGGGUCGUGUAACGUCAAGACGUGCUGGAAGUCGUUAGCCGACCUGACGGAGAUCUCUCACGAACUGGCCGAGAAGUAUUCAUACGCCAUCAAGGUGGUGAAAAGGAAGAUCGGGACGAGACAACAGCUGGUCCCGGAGGACAGAGUGUCCCGUAAGCACGGCAGCGGAGACCUGAUCUUCGUGGACAACUCUCCCGACUACUGCAUACGGAACAACAGGAAGGGCUCGUACGGAACUACGGGAAGGUUGUGCAACAAGACGUCAGUCGGCCCUGACAGCUGUCAGUCCAUGUGCUGUGGUCGGGCGUACAACGAGUUCACCACCUCCGUCACGGAGAGGUGCAACUGCAAGUACCACUGGUGCUGUUACGUCACCUGUGACCAGUGCACCAGAACGGAGACCAAGUACAUGUGCAAAUAGAGCGUUGUUUUGUAAAAUAAAAACGUACCGGGCUUUUCGCGUUUGCCUGCGUUCAAUGUUGGAACUAUAUCUAUUUGUGGCCAUUUGCCAUUUGACCAAGUACAUGUGCAAAUAAGGCAUUGCUUUGUGAAGGCUUCUCGCGUUUGCCUGCGUUCAAUGUUGGAACUAUAUUGUUAUCUAUUUGUGGCCAUUUGAUAAUUCUAAUUCUAAAUGUCCAUAUAGCUAAUGCAAAUAUUAUUAGAAUUAGCCAGAGGAAAAAAAAGUACGCAGGGCUCUCGUUCAAGCAUAAUAGUAUCUGCUCAGUGUAGCAUUUGACAUAUUGCAGUUUUCGACACAG